AUGAAGAUCAUUUUAAUUUUACUCUCCAUUAUAGUCAGAAGUAGUCAGCUAACGCUGAAUGAGUGUGGAGUAGAAGGAAGACGGCCACAGGUCUCUGACAUCGCAGUGCAAUGUGGUACUUCAUCCAUUGGCCUGGCUAUUCAGAUCUGCCCCGUCAUCUACACCGGCUACAAUGAGACUCUCCUGAUUCUGAACCAUAUGUUGGACCCAGCCUGUAGAGCAACUCUUGAUGAGUCUGUGACUCCACCUGUUGCUCGUUUUAAUUUCCCGCUAAAUAUGACUCAUGCUUGUGGGAGCACAUUCAGGACCACCAGUGCAGCUGGGACAGGUAUAUUCUCAGACUUUUCCAACAUCCAGACAGUCAACAUCAGCGGUGUUGUUCGGUCCAUUGAUCCUACAACAGGCACAAUCACUUAUAAUGCUGAGCUGAAGUACUACUACUCCUGCGCCUAUCCCUUAGAAUAUCUGAUCAACAACACCCAGAUAGAUGUGUCGGCCUCCUCCAUCGCAAUUAAGGACAACAAUGGGAGUUUCAUCAGCACCUUAAGCUUGGAGCUGUUCAGUGAUGCCAACUACACCAAGCCAAUGACCAUACCAGACCUGGGGAUUGAAUUGAGGACCAGUGUGUAUGUCGAGGUCAAGGCCACCAACUUGACAGGGCAGUACCAUAUCCUUCUAGACCGGUGCUACGCUUCUGUUUCUCCACUGCCUUCUAACUCCAGCUUCUUCAACCUGUUUGUCCCCUGUUCAAAGGAUCAGCUCACCACCAUGAUCGAGAAUGGAGAAAGCCAGAGUGCCCGCUUCCGUUUCCCAGCCUUUCGUUUCAUUGAACAGCAGAAUGAGACUGUGUCCACCUACUACCUCCACUGUAUUACCCGGCUGUGUGAAAGAAGCACUUGCAGUACCUUCAAGCAGUGCAGCAACAGAAGGAAGAGGAGCACCCUGGACACAUCUCCAUUGGGGAUAUCCAAGACUUACACCAUCUCCUCUCCCCAGAUCAUCACCAAAACCGAGAGUAAUGAGUCCAAAGAGAAGCCUCUUGUUGCCAAAGAAGAAGAUGACUCUGCUGUUGGACUUGGCGUGGCUGUUGGCAUCCUUGCCUUUGUUUGCCUUAUUGCUCUUGGUGUUGCAGCUGUGUUUUACAAAAGGCUCAGGAACUAA